UUCUGCUACACUACGUGAGCGUUUGCGUCGCUCUAGUUGGCUUCGUAACCCCGCAAGUGCAUGAGCAGGAGGGGUAAUCACCUUUGUAGAGGCGUGCGGAUGGGAUUUGGCUUCAUUGGAGGCACCGCAGCGCGUAUCGCCGAACCUCCGAGUUAUAUAUAUGAGAGGAGCGCUCUUCCCCGUGAGGCUUCUAUUCCUCCUUUUGAGCAUCAAGCCUAAGGGAAACAACGCCCUUCGUAGAGGUAGAGGCUCCAUAAAAGCUUUUCUUCCACCUAGGGGGGGAAGCGACUCGCCAAUUUUUCAUACCACGAGAAGCAGCCACGUGGGUUGUUCCCCCUCUGCGAUAUUCACCCCCUUGGAAAGGAUCCCCCGACGGGCGUCUUUCCUGUUUGGGAGCAAAGAGAGAAACAGUCGGUGCAUGCGUUUGAGCAGAGCACUUAGCGGAAGAGACAUCUCGGGGCUAUUCAAAGGAGUAAGAAGAGGCACUCUUUUGAGUAGCAGCUUGACGUAUAUUGCUCCUCUGUGUGUAAGUGGCAAGCCCGGUUGGGAAGUUCCGAAGGGGGCAGCAAAAGAGAUAAAAGGCACAUUAGGAAGAGGAAUAAAAAUGAGUGGAGGGAGUGAAAACCAGGUGGAGAAGCGGUACAAUGAGGUGGAGGCCGGGAUGAACGGAGUGGUGGGGGGGUACGACGGGUCGCUCAGCACGGCAAAGGUGGGGGCAAAAGAAGGCUCUAAUACGGAGGGAAAAGCGCCCGCGUUGGCCGCGUCCUCCGCGCGACGAGCGCUCUCCGCGGAGGAAGUGCGAGGGGGGUUCAUCAACUACUUUAAGGAGAAGAACCACACGGUGGUGGAAAGCGCGUCGGUCAUUCCGUAUAACGACAAUACGUUGCUAUUUACAAACGCAGGGAUGAAUCAGUUUAAGAAAAUAUUCCUGGGGCAGGUAGAUAAGAGCAGCGACUUGGGAAAGUUAAAAAGAGCCGUAGACACGCAGAAGUGCAUAAGAGCAGGGGGGAAGCACAACGACUUGGAUGACGUGGGGAAGGAUGUAUACCACCACACGUUUUUCGAAAUGUUAGGAAAUUGGAGUUUCGGAGAUUAUUUUAAAGAAGAAAGCAUCGACUACGCAUGGGAUUUACUAACCAAUGUGUAUAAGAUAGAUCCCAAUAGAUUAUAUGUGACCUAUUUUGGGGGGGAUGAAAAAUUGGCUAGCUGUCCUGAAGAUUUGGAGACGAAAAAAAUAUGGCUAAAAUAUGUAGACGAAAGUCGUAUCUUACCAUUUGGUAUGAAGGAGAAUUUCUGGGAAAUGGCAGACACGGGUCCAUGUGGCCCCUGCUCAGAAAUACAUUAUGAUCGAAUCGGCAAUAGAGAUGCAUCCUCUCUAGUGAAUAAGGACGACCCGAGUGUCUUAGAAAUCUGGAACAUCGUGUUCAUGCAGUAUAAUAAAGAUGAGAAGAAGAAUAUGAACAAGUUGCCCUUCCCAUGUAUCGAUACAGGGAUGGGGUUAGAAAGAAUAACCUCCAUUUUGCAAAACGUGGAGAGUAAUUACGACACGGAUUUGUUUAUGCCCAUUUUUAAGCAAAUAAAGGAAAUUUUUAACUACUUACCCGAGUAUGGAGGCAAGGUUAACGAAGAAGAUGUUGACCGGAUUGAUUACGCGUACCGAGUUGUUAGUGACCACAUUCGAUGCGUAACCAUUGCCAUCAGUGAUGGUUGCCUGCCUGGAAAUGAAGGACGAAAUUAUGUCAUAAGGAGAAUCAUCAGAAGGGCCAUCAGAGUAGGUAAGCAGAUAUUCCAGGUAGGGAGCAACGUCCUAUGGUUCUACAAAUUGGUAGAUUCUGUGUGCCACAUUUUGAACAAGUGCUUUACAGAUUUGAAAGAUGAGGACAGAGUCAACUACAUUAAGAGCGUCAUUAAGCAGGAAGAAAUGGUUUUCAACAGGACCUUAGAAAAAGGAGUCGAUCAGUUUAAUAAGAUUAUUAAAAGGGGAAACACCUCAGGGGGGGAUAACCUCUUCAGUGGAAAGGACGCUUUCGACCUGUACACUUCAUAUGGAUUUCCCAUCGAUCUGGUACAAAUCAUGUGUGAGGAGAAAAAUUUCAAAUUAAACAUGACCGAAUUUAAUGAGCUGUUUAGGAAGCACCAACUCGUAUCAGAUACGAACAAUUUUAAGAUUAAUAAAUUUUUUGACUUGCCAGUGGAGAAGGCCCAUGAGUUGAAGGAGAAGCAUGGCGUGGCAGCCACGGUGGAUCAUUACAAGUACGAGUGGAAUAAUGCUGAUGGGAAGAAUGUCAUGGCGAAGGUGGACACAGGCGUGGUGGUCAUCUACGAUGGGGAGAAUUUCCUAGACAGUAUCGAAACAGCGAGUGAGGAUAAAAAGUAUGCCCUCAUUUUGAGGGAGACCAAUUUUUACUACGAAAAUGGAGGGCAGAUAUACGACACGGGGGUUAUUCAAAAUGAGCAGAUGAAAUUUGAAGUCGUUAAUGUGCAAAAAAUGAACGAGUAUGUGCUCCACAUUGGUGUCCUCCAAGAGGGGAAAAUACAAAAGAACGACUGUGUACAUACGGUGGUAAAUUUUGAUAGGAGAAAAUUAGUUGCAUGCAAUCACACCGCAACGCAUUUGCUCAAUUUUGUCAUAAAGAAGGUCUUAACAGAGUAUGUUAUGCAUUCGAAGGGGGGCGCGCAGAAUGGCGAUUUGGCUCACACGCCGAAUGAGAAGGAACAAACUGGAGGGAACUCCAUUUUUAAUUGUGACCAGAAGGGGUCCCUAGUGGAUGAUGAGAAGCUGCGAUUCGAUUUCUCCUUCUUCCAAAAUGUAAGUGACGAAUUGGUCAGCAAAAUAGAAAGCCAAGUCAACGAUUUGAUCAGGCAGGAGUUAUCCGUCUCCGUUCGAACCAUGGACCUUAAGGAGAGCAAAAAGAUUAAAGGAAUCAGAGCCAUCUUUGAGGAAGAUUACGCAGACGUUGUUAACGUAGUCUUCAUAGACAACGACGUGGAUAAAAUUUUGAACCACCUGGAUGUGAACUACUCCUAUUUGUGCUCCAUUGAAUUGUGCGGAGGUACCCACAUCGCCAACACCAAAUUUAUAAAGAAGUUUGUCAUAACGUCGGAGGAGAGCAUCGGGAAGGGAAUUUACCGCAUCAAUGCUGUUACCAAUAAGAAGGCGGAAGAGGUAGAAGCCAAAUUUGACGACCUGCUAGCCAAGUACAAACACAUCUUUGAUGACCCCAAUGAAGGCAAGCUAGCCGACGUACAGACGUACAAACGGGUUCUAAAGGAAGAUAAGUUUCUGCCAUACAUUAGGAAGAACCAAAUAUUGCACAACUUGGAAAAAAUUGAAAAAAAUAUCAUCGAGAAGACGAAGAACAUGCAGAAGGAGUUAUUCAAUAAGGCUACCACUAUUGGGAAGGAUUACGCGUUGGAAGACAAAAGUGGUGUUCUUCUAGAUGUCAAGCUUUUUGAUGCUCUGUCUGGAAACCAAAAGGUGUUGGAAAAAAUCGCCCAGUCGUAUUGCAAACAUAACAAACUGUGCAGCUACUUCUUCAUCAUUGAUGAUGAGAAGAACACCUACUGCGUUUUCGAAGUGAAGGAUUCGUUGAAGGGGACCUCUAUACAGGCAGAUGCCUUCAUGAAGGAGAUAAUGCAGUCGGUGGAAGGCCAUUCUGGCGGAGGUAAGAACAAGGCUUUCGGGUCGGCAGCAAAGGGGAAGGGAGCCACCAUAAAGGAGCUGGCACAGGAGGCGGUUAAGAAGUACCACUAGGGAUAAGCGGCGUGGUUGUCAGGCUAACCUGGACGCACGCCUUAUUUUAGUGCCCUUUUGGAAGGUUCUCUCCCCGUUUGGUGAUAUGUAUAGUAAAGAAGUGAGGGGGGGGGGGACCUUUCCACGGGGGUAUUCUCCCAAUCGGCGCGUGUGCUAACGCGUCAUUUUUUUCCCACCCCGCAUAGGGGAAUAAGCCAAAUGGGGGUACCUAAUACACCUCACAUGCUGAUCCUGCUCUGCAUGGGUUUCUUAUUUUUUUUCCCCCCCAACGAUUAGCGGUUAACAAUAACACUUGAGUGUUUAAAAAAAAAGCAAUAUAAUGC